AUAACGUGUUUGGGUGUGGUUUAAUACCGUGGGAUCUUUACUAGAUCGGUGGAUUCGAAACGUUUGUCGUGCGCUGUAUUCUACGUCGUGAUCUCCAUCGUUCACGGAACGAUCUUUCACGAUGAAGAAGAGAAGCUUCUCCGGCAAUAUCGGAGUAGGUUGUUUCAUCGUUGCUUUCAUCUGCGUUUGCGUCGCAUUCGGUACACCAGCAUGGUUAGUGAGCGAUUAUCGUAUCACGGGCGCGAAACUCGACAAAUUGGGCCUCUGGACCCAUUGCUUUAGAUCCCUACCGAAUCCCCAGGAAAUGGACGCGCCUAGGCGUUUUUUCGUUGGCUGCAGGUGGGUCUAUGAUCCUUUCACUGCAGGAUACUCCGAUAUUCGUGGUUUUCUUCUGCCUCCAUUCAUGAUAGCAACACAAUUUUUCUUCACUGUGUGCUUUCUGCUGAGUCUAAUAUCAUUGGUAUUGGUAUCAAUAUUUACCCUAUGCUGUGAUCCAGAACAAAAGAAAUAUGUCCAACUUAUUCUCACCAUUGGAUAUUUAUUAUUGAUUGGUGGUAUAAGUGGUGCAUUGGCAGUGGUUAUAUUUGCCUGCUUUGGAAAUACGGAUGGUUGGAUGCCUGGACAUGCAAACAACUUUUUUGGUUGGUCCUUCAUAAUGGCAGCUGUGGGCAGUGUUUUAACCAUCAUAACAGGUGUACUUUUCCUUGUAGAGGCAACUGUGCAACGUAAAAAGAGAGAAUACUUGAAGGAGUCUCAAACAAGAUUUCAGCUUGAGUCUCGUACAUGAG